AGCCGCCUAGCUAGUUUAGCAUCGCCUGCCACGGAGAGCGGCGGCUGUUCGGCGAGCGUUAGGAAUCAUUUACUGCCGGUUUUCUACGAAGUCGAGCCGCCGCAGCAGACCGCACGUGUCUAAUUUCCGGAGCCCUCGGCCCCAAGUGGUGAGCGCGAAAAGGAAAGCCGGUUUUCGUCAUUUGUUGACCGCUACAGCCUGCUACGUGUAGCGGAGUCACCGCACAGGGAGCGCAUCGUCCUUUGGGCUCCGUCAUCUUGCUGUUGCACCGCACGGAUCUCCACCAUGCAGCACUCUGCUCUCACCGAGGCCAACCUGAAUUACCCGCAACUCCAGAUCGAGGAUGACCCCAAGAAGCAGGCGACGGUGGAGAACAUCGUACGCCCUCUCGUCCUCAGCGUGCACACCAUCUGCAAGAUCCGGGACGUGUUCAACAGCGAGAUUGAGCUGGGUUUGAUGAAGAACCCUCGCAGACCGUCCUCUCUGCAGAUGGAGAACACGUACCUGCCCGAACUUCCCGACGGCACCGAGAGGGGCGAGUUCCUCGCCCUGGACUUGGGCGGAACCAACUUCCGUGUCCUGCACCUUCAACUUGAUCCGGAAGGCGAGAAGCAGUUUCACGUCAAAUACUAUUCUGUUCCGGAACCGAUAAGACUUGGACCUGGCGAAAAGUUGUUUGACUUCCUGGCCGACUGCAUUCACGACUUCAUGGAGACCAAUAACUUGAUGGGAAAACGGAUGCCCCUGGGUUUCUGCUUCUCCUUUCCGAUGGUACAGAAGGCGCUGAACGUGGGCAUUCUGGUCACAUGGACCAAGAGCUUCAACUGCUCCGGAGUUGUUGGCCAAGACGCAGUUCAGAUGCUCAAAGACGCCAUCGACCGGCGAGGUGACAUGGAUAUCGAUAUCGUAGCCGUCGUCAAUGACACGACGGGUACCCUGGUCAAGGGAGCCUUCCUCGAUCACGAGUGUGGCAUCGGUCUCAUUUUGGGAACCGGGAGCAACGCCUGCUACCUCGAGAAGAUCGAGAACAUUGAAAAGUGGGAGGGCGACAAAACGGGGAUCCGCGAAGUGGUAAUCGACGUUGAGUGGGGUGCCUUCGGCGAUAACGGUGUUCUGAACUUUAUCAAGACGGAGUUCGACCGGAACGUCGACGACAACUCGCUGCUUGUCAACUCGUUCACUUUCGAGAAGCUCUUCUCCGGCAAGUUCCUCGGCGAGUUGGUACGACACGUUCUGGUCAAGCUCAUUCGAGAACGAGCCCUCUUCGACGGCAGGGCGUCCGAGACUAUCCUCACGAAGGGCACGUUCACGACGGCUGACGUGUCGGAACUCGAAGGCGAUGACGGCGAGAGUCGUGCUCGCGAAAUUUUGGCCAGGAUCGGCUACAUACGGGUUACGGACGACGAUAUCGCUGUCGUGCGCUACGUCUGCGGCGUAGCAUCGGCCAGGGCAGCGCUCCUCGUGUCUAUCUGCCUGGCGGAGCUACUGAAUCGCAUGCAGAAGCCGACAGUGACAAUAGCCAUUGACGGUUCACUUUACAAGCACCACCCCAGGUUUCAUCGACUCAUGACUUACUUCAUCACGAUGCUGGCGCCGAACCGUCCUUUCAAGCUGAUGCUCGCCGAAGACGGUAGUGGCAAAGGAGCAGGGCUUGUCGCUGCUGUGGCCGAGAGGCUGCGACGUGCGAAGCUAAAUGGCUACCAUGAGUGAUGACUGUUAAUCGGUUGGUGUACCGCGCUGUAUGUGUGUGAAGAAUGAACUGAAUAUGUUCUGAAAGUGUACAGUGUAUUUUGUAAAUAUAACCCUGCUCUGUUUACUGUGU